UACGAGCAUCGUCAAUCCGACGGCGAUCCACGUCUCGUCUUCGUCUUCCUCGCUUCCUGUAAAACACUCGCCUCUCUCCAUCUCCUCCGUCCCAAGAGAGGAUGGGAAUGCGAUCGCAAGUGGAGGCGAUCGUCUCCUCGAUCGUAUUCGUGCAUCCCCACGAGAUCCCCGCUGUGAUCCACUCCGCUUCCUGCUUCUUCUUCAUCUUGACCGCGUACUUUGUUAUCCUUCCCCUGCGGGACGAGGGGGCGAUAUCUCUGGGUUUGGAUAACCUCCCCGGCCUCUUCGUCGGAUCUCUUUUUCUGACUCUUCUCGCCGCUCCCAUCUCAACUCUAGUCUUUUCCCUGCCCAAUCUCCCCAAAGCAAGGGCUUUGGUAUGGAUACACAGGUUUUUUAGUGUAUCCCUUCUUGUAUUUUUCAUUCUUUGGCAUGCCUCUUCUACUGGAAAUCUGUCUCCUGCUUCUAAGGCCUCAGCUUCAAAUUCAACCUUAUUUGAGGAUGAAAAACUCACUCCUAGCCAAGAGGGUUCUGUUCGUCCAAGUGGAUGGAGUAAUCAUGGGUGGUUUUAUGUUAUAGUUCGAAUAAGCUUGUUCUUAUGGGUUGCAUUGCUUAAUCUCGUGACGAUAUCAUCAACAUGGGCAAGGGUGAUAGAUGUGAUGGACACUGAGUCAGGUUCAAGACUGUUUGGUUUCAUCGGUGCUGGUGCUACAUUUGGACAGUUGUUUGGGUCAUUGUUUGCAGCAAGUAUGGCUUGGUUAGGACCAUUUUUACUUUUAUUUUCUGCCCUCAUGAUGGAGCUUGCUGCACAGACAUCUAAAGGAAUCAAUCGUGAUGCACACAGUGAUUCUAUAAAUUUAUCAACCAUCAGAGAAAAUGUUCGAGAUCAGCAUACUAUUUCAGCUGAAGAGACUUCAGCGUUAGUGAAGACUUCUCCUAAAUCAGUUACACACAUGGUGAAAACUCAGCCUUGUACGAUGCUAGAAGGACUUUGGCUUAUAAUGUCAUCAACUUACCUACUUUAUGUCUCUCUGUUUCUUUGGCUGAGUGCUGUUGUAUCUUCCUUCUUCUAUUUUCAGAAAGUGACAAUUAUUGCAAUGACGGCUGUGAGCCCUAUUGCUAGAAGAAGAUUGUUUGCACUAAUUAACAGUUUCAUCGCUGUUUUUAUUCUUGCCGGACAACUUACUUUGACGGGUCGCAUUCUUACAGUUGCUGGUAUUACUAUCGCUCUUUGCUCGGCCCCAUUUGUUGCAACUUCAAACAUGGUUGUUCUUGCUGUGUGGCCUACAUGGAUUACAGUUGCUAUCACUGAGACUAUUCGAAAGGUUACUACUUAUGUGGUGACAAGACCUGGAAGGGAACUCCUAUUCACUGUUGUAUCACAGGAUGAGAAGUAUAAAGCCAAGAUUUUCAUAGAUGUUAUUGUUCAAAGACUUGGUGAUGCAACUGCAGCUGGAGUUUAUAAAUUACUCUUUGGCAGCCUUAACAACAGAACAUCCAUGGUUUCGCUCUACGCUUUACCACUAUGUUUCCUCUGGUUGGCCACAGCAUUUCACUUGGGAAGGCGUCAAACUGACCUGGCUAAACUGCAAGCUGCUUCUAUAUCCUAAUUGACUAUAUGGAGAUAAAACAGGUACUUCAAUGCUUUGCUUGGUGAGCUGUAGCAUGUAAUAUAGACUACUUCACAGAAAGGUAAAAGAUGCCAUAUACCAGUUAAAUUUAGGCAGAAAAGCACAAUGUAAGUGAUAUGUAAUAUAGCAAAGCUCUUUUUGUUAUUCAAUAAUAUGAAGCGAGAUGAUUGCUUGGUCUUU